AUGGACGAGAAAAUCAAAAAAUUGGCGGUUCUCGGCUGUGGAUCAUUGUCUUUGGAACGGACAUUGAUGACCAAUUUUGGGGAUCUAGGAGUUGAACGUGUAAUUUCAGUAGAUAUCGAUUCUCAAGAAUUAGCCAAAGGAUUGAAAUUACUCAAUAUCACUGAACAUCAGAAUGAAAACAUCAUAUGUAGUUCAAACUCGUUACCAGUACUGUUCGAAGUCUAUCAAGGUGACAUUCUGGAGUAUGAUGAGCGGAUCGAACAUAUCCCACAAGAGGAUGCAACACGGUAUGUGCGAGCAGUGCUCCUCACCAUACAGCCACAAUUAUUCAUUUUGUCAACACCCAAUCAUGAAUAUAAUGAAGCUUUUGGUCUUCCUAAUAAACAAUUUCGCCAUGGUGACCAUAAAUUCGAGUUCACGCGGCAGGAAUUCAAAUUUUGGUUGUACAAUAUAAUGACCGACUUUGCGGCAGACUAUGACUACAGGUUUGAGUACGUUGGAAAUGUAUCAGGGUUCAACCAUCUGCAAGGCGCAACGCAGUUCGCAGUGAUACAACGAAAAUUCAACGGUCCG